AUGUCGCCUCAAAAUAUACCCCCUGAACGGCCAAUCCCCAUUGAGGAUCUCCAUGCCUUGCUGCGAGAAAUUAUUCCGCAGCACCAGCAUCAGGAACACACUGCCACCGCUGAUACUAACGCAACCUUGGAAAGCAGCGUUCGGCAGCAUGGGCAGCCUACUCGGGUCCAGCCGCCGCUGACCACUACAAACACAACCAUCAACACCAACACCACCGCCCUCCCCCUCGCCAACGAUGACAACCGCAUCAUGCGCGCGCUGCGCUGGCGCCGGGCCGGCAACCGGGGCUCCCACAACGCGCAGAGCGAGCACGUUCCGGUGCCGAUCCGGCCCUCGGACUGCGGGGACGGGAUGCCGACGCGGUGGACGGAGGAGGUGAAGCGGAGGGUGCUGUGGGUGAUCUUCCUGGUGCAGGUAUCGAUGAACCUGAACACGACCCUGUACUCGAACGGCCUGGAGGGCAUCGCCGCGGAGUUCGGAGUCACGACCUUCCAGGUCCGGUGGGGAGGGGCCGCCGCUUUCCUCAUCGCCUACGCCUUCGGCUGCGAGCUCUGGGCCCCCUGGUCCGAGGAGUACGGCCGCCGCGAGGUCCUCCAGGCCUCGCUACUAUUUGUCAACAUCUUUGCCCUGGUCACCGGCCUCUCGACCACUUGGUACGGACAUAUCAUCGGCCGCACGCUGGGCGGGCUGUCUAGCGCGGGCGGGAGCGUGACGCUUGCCCUCAUCUCGGAUAUGUACGACCCGCACACCCCAGGCCACCAGUACGCCACGGCCUUCAUUGUGCUCUCGUCCGUCGGCGGGUCCCUGCUCGGGCCCAUCUUCGGCGGCUUCGUCGAGCUGUACCUCGCGUGGCGCUGGGUCAUCUGGAUACAGCUACUCUUCGGCGUCUUCGUGCAGGGUCUGCACUACUUCCUCGUCCCCGAGACCCGAGCGACCAUCGUCAUGGACACGAUCGCCAAGGAGAAGCGAAAGGCCGACCCGAGCUGCAAAUUGUACGGCCCGACCGAGAUGGCUGGGAAGAAAUGCCUCAAAUGGUCGGAAAUAAUGGUUAUCUGGAUGCGGCCUUUCAAGAUGUUCUUAACGGAGCCUAUCGUCUUGGUAUCCUCGCUGCUGUCAGGUUUCUCCGAUGCUCUUAUCUUUAUGAUGGUCCAAUCGUACGGUCUCGUCUACCAGCAAUGGGGAUUCGGCACCUUACUGAUCGGCUGCGCAUUCAUACCCAUCGGAAUCGGAUACGGAAUCGGAUAUUGCUUAGCUCGCUACUUCAUCAAACGCCAGAUUCUCCUGCGCCUGAGAAAACCGUACUGCGAGCGAGCGCAGUACGAGGCUCGACUCUUUUGGCUGCUUUGGACGGCUCCUUUGUUACCUAUAGGUCUACUUAUCUUUGCUUUCGGAACCUCUUUUACCAGCCAGCCUGUCCACUGGAUCUUCAGCAUGAUCGGUGCCUGCCUGAUUGGCAUCGCGAACUACGCUAUUUACAUGGGCACCAUCGACUACGUGCUCCGAGCUUAUGGCCCAUACGCCGCAUCUGCCACGGGUGGCAAUGGAUGGGCGAGGGAUUUCCUUGCCGGUGUGCUUACACCUUACGCAGUUCCACUGUACGUUUCUCUAAUUCUAACUUAA